AUGUUCCUCACGGUGUUGCUCACGCCGUACACGCUCAUCCUCUUCCCAGUCCUCUACUACAUCUUGCCAUACCUCCGCAACUGGCAGAUCAAGGACAUUCCUUCGCCAUUCCCUGCUGCUUUCACCAACCUUUGGCUCCUCCUCCAGGCCCGACAAGGGAAGCGUUACCUGGCCGUAGACAACGCGCACAAGAAGUACGGAACACUGGUCAGGAUCCAACCGCACCAUGUCAGUAUCGCCGACGCCGACGCGAUCCCCGUCAUCUACGGCCACGGCAACGGAACGCUGAAGAGUGAAUACUACGACGCCUUCGUCUCAAUCCGCCGCGGCCUCUUCAACACGCGCGACCGCGCCGAACACACUCGCAAGCGCAAGACUGUUUCGCACACCUUCUCGGCCAAGUCGGUCCUCCAGUUCGAGCAGUACAUCCACCACAACCUCGAGGAGCUGCAGAAGCAAUGGGACCAGCGCGCCGCGUCCAAGCAGGGCGGCUGGUACCAGAUGGAUGCGCUGCACUGGCUAAACUAUCUGGCUUUCGAUGUCAUUGGCGAUUUGGCUUUCGGCGCGCCAUUCGGUAUGCUCGAGAAGGGUAGGGAUUUUGCCGAAGUCAGGAAGACGCCGGACGCCGAGCCUACGUUUGCGCCUGCUAUCGAGGUUUUGAACCGCAGGGGUGAGGUCUCUGGGACGAUCGGCAUCCUUCCUCAGCUCAAGCCGUACGCGAAAUACUUCCCCGACCCCUUCUUCAGCCAGGGCAUGAAGGCCAUCGAGAACCUCGCCGGCAUCGCCGUAGCGCGCGUGAACGAGCGUCUUGCACGACCCGACACCGACCGCGUCGAUCUGCUGGCACGGCUCAUGGAAGGCCGCGACGAAAAGGGCAACAAGCUGGGCCGCGAAGAGCUGACAGCCGAAGCGCUAACCCAGCUCAUCGCCGGCUCCGACACGACGUCCAACACGUCCUGCGCCCUGCUCUACCACUGUCUGCAGCACCGGGACGUCGUGCGCAAGCUGCAGCAGGAGCUCGACAAGGCGCUGCCGAGCGAUGGAGUCCCCACCUUCGCAGCCGUCAAGGACCUGCCGUACCUCGACAGCGUCAUCAAGGAGACGAUGCGCAUCCACAGCACUUCUUCCCUCGGCCUGCCUCGCAUCAUCCCCCCUGGUCCCGGUCUCACGCUCAGCGGACACCACUUCCCCCAGGGCACGGUCCUCUCCGUCCCAGCCUACACCAUCCAUCACUCCAAGGAGAUCUGGGGUCCCGACGCAGACACAUUCAGGCCAGAGCGUUGGGAGAAGGUCACCGAGAAGCAAAAGGCGGCUUUCAUUCCUUUCAGUUACGGGCCGAGGGCGUGUGUGGGCAGGAAUGUGGCUGAGAUGGAGUUGGCGCUCAUUGUGAGUACCAUCUUCAGCCGGUACGAGUUUGAGUUGCGACAGGGCGAAAUGAAGACAAGGGAGGGUUUCUUGAGGAAGCCGCUCGGUCUUGAGGUCGGCAUGCGCAGGAGACAAAAGUAG